CAGGCAGAGCGCAGCGAAGGCGUCUGUCGCUGCCGCCAUGCCGUUCCCAUUUGGGAAGUCUCACAAAUCUCCAGCAGACAUUGUGAAAAACCUGAAGGAGAGCAUGGCCGUUCUGGAAAAGCAAGACAUUUCUGACAAAAAGGCAGAAAAGGCUACAGAAGAGGUUUCCAAAAAUCUGGUUGCCAUGAAAGAAAUCCUGUACGGCACGAACGAAAAGGAGCCGCAGACAGAAGCGGUGGCCCAGCUCGCCCAGGAGCUGUAUAACAGUGGGCUCCUGGGCACCCUGGUGGCCGACUUGCAGCUCAUCGACUUUGAGGGCAAAAAAGAUGUGGCUCAAAUUUUCAACAAUAUUCUCAGAAGACAAAUUGGUACAAGAACUCCUACUGUUGAAUACAUCUGCACCCAACAGAAUAUUUUGUUCAUGUUAUUGAAAGGGUAUGAAUCUCCAGAAAUAGCUCUAAAUUGUGGAAUAAUGUUAAGAGAAUGCAUCAGACAUGAACCACUUGCAAAAAUCAUUUUGUGGUCAGAACAGUUUUAUGAUUUCUUCAGAUAUGUCGAAAUGUCAACAUUUGACAUAGCUUCAGAUGCAUUUGCCACAUUCAAGGAUUUACUUACAAGACAUAAAUUGCUCAGUGCAGAAUUUUUGGAACAGCAUUAUGAUAGAUUCUUCAGUGAAUAUGAGAAGUUACUUCAUUCAGAAAAUUAUGUGACAAAAAGACAGUCACUCAAGCUUCUCGGUGAACUGCUCUUAGACCGACACAACUUCACAAUUAUGACAAAAUACAUCAGUAAACCUGAGAACCUCAAAUUAAUGAUGAACCUUCUUCGGGACAAAAGCCGUAACAUCCAGUUUGAGGCCUUUCAUGUUUUUAAGGUGUUUGUCGCCAACCCCAACAAGACGCAGCCCAUCCUGGACAUCCUCCUCAAGAACCAGGCCAAACUCAUAGAGUUCCUCAGCAAGUUCCAGAACGACAGGACGGAGGACGAGCAGUUCAACGACGAGAAGACCUAUCUAGUCAAACAGAUCAGGGACUUGAAGAGACCAGCUCAGCAAGAAGCCUAACUGCCCACAAACGUACAAUAGUGAACCCCAACCCAGCACCUGCUGUUAGCUCGUCGGCGUCAGGCACUCUUACGAUUCAGGAGGAACAUUACUGCUAAUCUGCUGUUAAGUGAACGGUUUUUCAUUUUCCCUUAUUUUGUGUUUUUAGUCCGAGUUGGAGAACGUAGCUGCUGCUUUCUUGCACACUAGCGCACACGUGGACUUUUUCUUGAUCUUAGUGUCAUUUCAGAAUCAGACUGUUUGCUGUGGGGUUCUGAGCAUGGCUGGGUUCGCGAAGGCAAAUGCAGAGGCGACAGCGCGGGGCAGGAGGGCGCUGAGGCCACCGGAUGAAACCUGCGGCUUUUGCGCUUGUCCAAGAGCCGAGCGCGGAUUCUCGGUGAGAUUGGCGGCCUUCGCUGAAGGAAGAUCGUGCAGAGCUGUGUUUGAAAUCAGAGGGGAACCGUACCCAAGAUGUGAGCUUUUUGGGUGGAUAAAGUUGACUUGUGAAUAAAUUGAUGCUGAAACUUAGCAACUUCUUAAGAGUGUGAAGCUUCAUAAGGUCAUAAGGAAAAUGUACAUAGGCUUUCACAGCUUUCUAGAAUUUUUUGACAUUUGAUUUUCUUGAGACUUGUAAACCUGGAUAUGUCGAACGGUAUUUGUUAAUUUUCCUUUUGGAAGGUCUUUUAAAACCGUAGAGCUAGCAGCGACCCCUUGCAUUUCAUUUCAACAAUGCUUACAGGUUUCUUUUGUAUAUAAUUCUUAGAAUGCUCAUUUCUUUUAAAUGAUUUAAUUUGUACAGCAGAGGAAUGUUAUUGUAUUAGUAUGUAACUAUUACCUAAUAUUGAGUUUUUGCAAAAAAUGAAUGCUCAUAUGUAAUUGAAAUACUUCAGAUCACAUGAAAAUGCUGAUUUAACAUUUAAGUAUCACAGCAUUAAAAGAAAAAAAAAACCAAUCCUUUGUAUUCAGUUAUCUAAUGGGGUGCCAUCAGUAGGCUGCAGUACAGACUUGGAACUCAGCCAGCUAACUUUCCUGCAUAAUAUUGGCCUUAUUCAUUUAAAAUGAGUCAUGAGUUUGCCAGAUCUAUGAAUGAUACUGAUUAUGCUAAAUUAACGCUGAUUCUUCGUGUGUGUGGGAAACUAUAGAGCACCUUUUCUUUUUAGAGUGAGUAAUCCAGUACAAUAGUCGUGAAACUGAAUAAUUAAAACUGGCUUCUCUUAGGAAGACUUCCUAGUCCUAGGUGUCCUAUGGGGAAAUUUACUUUUUUUAAUGUCCUGUUCCUUAAUGCUGCAAAUUAUCAGUAUUUAUAAAGUGACUGAUUCCGCACCACUUUGUUACUGUGACCACGGCAGACGUCUCCUAGAAUACACCUGUGUGGCGUUGCUGCAGUGGCGUCUGUUCCUCCUGGCAAUACGAAGAUCACAGCUAACAACUUACAGAUCAGAACCUGCCGGUUCGAAUUCAGCAUGGCUGUAGCUGACUUCAGAGAUUUAUGUAAUUAUUCUUUGCUAGCCUCUCUCACUAAUUGAAUUACUUAUCAGCCAGUAAAAUGAGACUCCCAAGUGACAUUUCUGCAGGUCGUAAGCCUUCCUUUGAGGAACACCAGUUAGGGGGAAAGCUCCAGAAAAUGUAGCUGUAUUUUAUUCUGUUUAAUUAAAGUGGCAGUCUGCAUUAUAAUUGGUUUUCCAGAGGCUGUCUUUACCAAAAAUUGGUGUAAAAUCGUCCCUGUUUUCCCAUUGGCAGCAGGGAAAGCAGUCCCAGCCCCCCAAAACGAAAGCAUCCGAGAUGCUCAGGAGGGCGGACCUGGCCCUGGUGAGCGGCUGGUCCCCGCGGCCCAGCGCCGGUGGAUUGAGCUGGGGAACGUGAGCCACGCCGAAGGGAGGAAGGGUUCCCCUGCCAGGCUGGUUCUUAGACCUUGAGGCGACAGACACCUUCCACUCUGGCAAGGCCGUCACAGCCGCAGAGUGUGGGGGGCGGCGCAGGUGCGGCCUGUCAAAGCACGGGCACGUCCCUGUCGAGUUGGGCUCUGGACAUGGUUAAGAUUUUGGGGGGUUUUGUUUCUAAACGAAAAUGUGAAAACAGUCAAAGUUGAAAAGUUGCCUUUGAAGUUAUGAUCAUUUAACAUGCGUAUUACCAAAAUGAUUAUACUGGAAGUGGUUUCUUCUUGUGUUAUAAAGGUUUAAUUUUACAAAAGUCAGUUACUCAGUGUGAUUUUUCACCCUUAAAAAAAGGUAGAGAUGUGGAUGUGUACAGUUGUUAACAAUGCCAUGAAAACAUUUCCUUUCUCCUGAGGAAAAGUAAAUUUCGUAUCAGAUUAUCUGGCUGGCCCUGUAAUUUAAAUUAAAAUAAAAUUUUGGAGAAACAGCA